GCUGAGAUAUAAAGUUGCCGCAGGAGGCGGUGGGAUGAAGGAGCUGGAGCUCUGACUCAGGAGGCGCUGCGAGUUAUGAGGCAGUAGUGCAAAGGAAAAGGGCUUUAAUAGCAUGAUGGAUGUUCACUCAAUUUCACAAACUCCUCUCCUGUUCCUGACAUUCCUCCAGCAAAGACCUUGUCAGAACAGUGAGCUACAGAGGGAGCUGGACAACCUGCGCUGUGAAGUGAAACUCAGUGCGGCUCCCAGUGGGCAUAUAGCUUAUCCCCAGGACCAUGUGUUUGACUCCGACGUUGAACAUGAUGGUGAGCUGCAAGCAGAUGGACACUCGUUUCACAGAGGUCUACAUGAUGUCGCUGAAGCUGAGCUUGUAUUACCAGUGCCUGCUGAAGAAGCGGACGUCGUAAGGGAGGUGGCUGCUGAGCUCGUCCGAAUCGCAGAUGAAUUCAAUCACGCCAUUGUCUCUCAAGUUGCUGAGAAUCUGACCAACAAUCUCACGAAUUCUUCUUUCGAGUACUGGUGGAGCAGCUUGAAUCAUGGUGUUGACUGCUUACUCGACGGGUCUGGUAUGCACACUGAGCAGAUGGUGAUGGCGCUUACCUUCUCUCUGGCGAGGGCAGUCUGUGAACGUGCACCUCAUCUGCUUCGUGGCCUCUGUAACACCAUGAUGCAAUCCACUUUCAGGACUAGACCUCGGUGAUGCGUUUCCUUUACACCCAAGUGUGACCUACAUUCCAAGGUUGUUGUUUUUUGUUUUCCCAACUAUGAUAAACGUUUACUUGUUUCUUACUAGAAGAACAAAUGGAUGGUUUUGUUUGUUUUGUCAGUAUUACAUUUCUUGGAUAUUUGAAAUUUGUUGUGGAAAUAAAAAUGGAUGAAUUGUU